AUAAUUCUACAGCGUUUUGAAAAAUCAAGUGAGUGUAGUUUUGUAGUUCAACGUGUCCUCAAAACAGUGAUGUGUUCAAAUGUUAUCCGUAAUUUUCAGUGAUUCGAUACAAGUGCAUCAGUUAAAGUGCUUCCUUCUUCUGAGUUACAAAGCUCAGAAUAUUUCAUGACUUGGGCUUAACAGCUUCCGCGUCACAGACGGCAUAGCUCGCUCUCCUGCUCAAUGUUUAUUUCGUGUUUCAUAAACGGAACCUGUUCUAAACACCGCAACACUUAACGUUAAGUGAACUGCAACUUAUAUUUGAAUAAAAAGGCAUGAAAUUGUGCGACUUGAGGUUCUCAAGGACAUCAAUAUGAAUGUUCCUGUCUUGUGGGACGUGAUACCGUGUAUUCUGGUAGAUCCUUUUCAACAUACGAAGGAAAUGUCUGCCUAUAUCUUCAGAAAAAAAAUAUUACGAACGCCUUGGAACAUGUAACCCCUAUAAUCAUAAUAAAAGUAUCUCUGUCUUGAAGAUGGAGGCAGCAUGUACCACCGAAAGACCGGGGAAACUACUAACAUCAACACUGUCCAAGGAUCGAAGCACAGAAUCACCAUCAAUACUCUGGCGAUAUCAAUCAUGACAACUUUAAUGAUAAAAUGGCGAAGGAUGCCGCGAGCUUGUCUCUGUAUGAUUAUCAUAAUCCUGGUCGUUUUGACACUUACAAGGAGAUAUAUCAGCAAACAGCAAACACGUUUCCGGCCUUACGAUCCUAACCUCUUCAAUAAGAUAAAAGGAAAUAUAUUUGAAGGAUUUGACAAUGAAACAGGAACAAGCAAUGGUUCCAGUAUAGUCCCAAAUCACAUACAUUUCUUGUUCCUUAAUGCCAGUUACAUUCCUUACGUACACGCUGUGUGCGUGCUAGCAGCCUUCAGGAAUCACAGACCAGAAAAAAUAUUCUUCCAUACAAACGUUGUUCAGUUCACUGGAAGACAUUGGGACAAAAUCAAAAGAACUUUAGGUCCCGUUUUGAAGGUUACAAAUGUUACGUUACCAACUGAAAUAUUUGGACAAAAAUUCAGUAAAAAUUAUCACCUCUGGCAUGCUGGUGAUGUAACAAGGAUACGAAUACUUAUGCAAUAUGGCGGGAUAUUUCUAGACAAUGAUUCGUACGUUGUACGUAAUUUGGACGUGUUCAGGAAAUAUGAAAUGACCAUUGGAAUAACUGACGGUGACUAUUUAGGGACACAAGUUUUAAUAGCACAUAAAGAUGCAAGGUUUCUGAAACUCUGGUUAGAAUGUUACAGGGAUUAUAACCCCGACAGUUGGUAUUACAAUGCAGGUGAGAAACCUAUGGCAGAAGUUUUGAUAUACAGACCAGAAUUAGCACACACUGUACACACACUUCUAGGUGUGCAUACUUUGAGUGAGAGAUUGUACAUAUGGGACAAGUGGGACAACUGGCGGAAGUACUACAGUGUCCACCUCAUAGUGAGGCACAGGAAUUACAUGGACACCCUAUGGAACAAUUUCUGGUGGCCUGAUUUAGAUGAAACAAAUAUCUGUGAUUAUCCUAAACCGUUUGGAGCAAUGGCGAGAGAAAUUUAUUCAGAUUUUUGUCCUAAAAAAGAAGUUUAAACUUAUAAAAAUUGACUCAAGGCUAGUUUAAUGCUUGUUGACAAUGUAACGGCAAGAAUCUUUGGCUGGGCCAUCUGUUAUCAGACUCUGAAGUGAAUGUAAACGCAAGCCGUCAAGUGGCGUCUCUAUCGGCGUUCAAACGAACACGUUGCAAACUUGCACGGAGCGGACGUUACAUUACUUGUUUGCAUAUAGUAAAUGAGACAAGGGAUGAGAUAAUAAAGGAAUGAACAUUCUUGUGAGAGAGAAUAAUUAUGAUACAUAUUUGUAACUCUUGA